AUGGCUCCCACCACUAGAAGCGGCUCCUCGCGAGCACCCAGCGUUGCAGACGCAACAACUACGGUCGGCGAUGAUGAUCGACGAGGUUCCCAACCUCCAGUCAGCAGUCGAAAGCCAAGCACCUCCACCACCACCUCCAAAAGGAGUAAGACGGCCCCUCACGAUAGAAGAGACCGACUUACUCCUGAUGCACAGAGCGAACUACGACGUGUGGGAACAGGCCAAGACCCAGAAAGAUCGAGCAGCCUUCAAGAAAGCGACACUCAAAGGCAAGGCCUCUCACAGACAACUGUCCAAACUGAUGGGCUUCAAGUAUCUAAUGGAGCAUACCAACAGUUGGAACCCAGCGAUCUGGGAUUGGAAUACUUUCGAGCUCAGAGCGAAAGGGAAACCUCCAUCCUCGGACCCCCAUCCACGUCGAAAUCAAACCAGUUCUCGCCAAGGGAAUUCCAACGGCGAACUAGUGAUUCAACUCAUCAGAGAGGCAGGCAAGGCAGUGAGGAACUAGACCUCACCAUUCUCCCUUUAGAUCAAGAACUUAUCAAUCCUGUAUUUCAUCACCUGAAAAUGUACCUUGACCCCAUUGUAUGUAAUCAGGACAAGUUGUUUAAUGAAAUAAAAACCAUGUUGUCACUCGUUAAAAGUCGUGAUGCGAAUAGAAGAAUUGAUGUGAUUGAUAAAACAAUUGCUGAGCUGAUUAAGAACGUGAAUGAUCAAGUUUAG